CAUAUUUAAAUUGUUGUUAUUGUCGCUGGCUACACGCUGCAAAAAUAAUUGUAGGCUUUUGCAAGACUGUCAUAAAAACGGUGACCGCUGCACUUGUUAUACAAGAUCCUCUAGUAAAGUAAACGCUUGUCAGGAAGAAAACAACCUUUUCCAGUUAACCCAUGCUAUCCCUGUUGUGGCUAGUUGUUUCCAUGCUGACGAGGAAAACAGAACCUGUGAGAGCGCAGUCGAAGAGCUUUUAAAGCAAUGGCUACAAUAUUACACCGGUUCAACCGACUGCGUUUAAGGUACGCUUUCCAGUUGUCUUCACACGCAGUUUCCUCUACGACAGCAGCGGAAAGAGCAAAAGGAGACAGAGUUUUCUUGGGUUGUCAGACGCUAUGUCGACAGCACCGAGGGAUCAGUGGAGGCGCGGGAGAAGUGAGAUGUCUCCCCAGCGCUGCUCCUCCUCGGCUCCCGUUCUCCUGCGUCACCGACGAAGAUCUGGCCUUCUUCCGACAGCUGCUGCCUGGCCGGGCUAUCACAGACCCCGAUAUGCUGGAGUCUAGCAAUGUUGACUGGCUCAAGUCAGUACGCGGCAAUAGUGAAGUACUGCUGAGACCCAGGACCACAGAGGAGGUGUCCCAGAUUCUCAGGUACUGCAACGAGCGGAACCUUGCGGUGAGCCCACAGGGAGGGAACACGGGGCUGGUGGGCGGCAGCGUGCCGGUGUUUGACGAGAUCAUCCUUUCCACGGCGCUCAUGAACCAGGUGCUGGCCUUCGACGGCGUCUCAGGGAUCCUGACGUGCCAGGCCGGCUGUGUGCUGGAGAGCCUGUCCCAGUUGCUGGAGGAGAGGGACUUCAUCAUGCCGCUGGACCUGGGCGCCAAGGGCAGCUGCCACAUCGGAGGCAACGUGGCCACCAACGCUGGGGGUCUGCGCCUGCUGCGCUACGGCUCCCUGCGAGGGACAGUGCUUGGGCUGGAGGCGGUUCUAGCCAGCGGGCAGGUCCUGAACUGCUUGGCCACUCUGAGGAAAGACAACACGGGCUACGACCUUAAGCAGCUGUUCAUCGGCUCCGAGGGCACCUUAGGGGUCAUCACAGCCGUGUCCAUCCUCUGCCCUCGCAAACCUAGAGCUGUUAACGUGGCGUUCCUGGGGUGCUCCAGUUUCCAGAACUUGCUGGAGACGUUUCAGUGCUGCCGGGGCAUGCUGGGAGAGAUUCUGUCUGCCUUUGAGUUCUUAGACGCGUCCUGCAUGGGCCUGCUUGAGAAGCACCUGAAGCUCACCAACCCCAUCACAGAAUGUCCCUUCUACAUCGUCAUAGAGACGGCCGGGUCCAACGCGGCGCACGAUGAGGAGAAACUGCACAACUUCCUGGAGAAGGUGAUGGCAUCAUCACUGGUGACUGAUGGGACAGUUGCCACGGAGGAUGCGAAAAUUAAGGCUCUCUGGUCGUUGAGGGAAAGGGUGACCGAGGCCCUCACCCAUGAUGGAUUCACCUACAAGUACGACAUCUCGCUCCCCGUGGAGAAGAUCUAUCAGCUGGUCACCGACAUGAGGCAGCACCUUGGAGACAGAGCCAAGAAUGUUGUGGGAUACGGACAUGUCGGUGAUGGUAACCUGCACCUGAACAUCACCUCCCCCACCAAAGACCCGGCCCUGCUGGCGGCCAUCGAGCCCUAUGUGUACGAGUGGACGGCGGCUGUGCAGGGCAGCGUGAGCGCGGAGCAUGGCCUGGGCCUGAAGAAGAGGAACUACAUCUACUACAGUAAAACCCCCGAGGCUGUGGGUCUCAUGGGAAACAUCAAGGCCAUGCUGGACCCGCGGGGCAUCCUCAACCCCUACAAGACCCUCCCCGAUGACCUCCGCCUCCCCUCAACCCCUACAAGACCCUCCCCGAUGACCUCGGGGCAUCCUCAACCCCUACAAGACCCUCCCCGAUGACCUCCGCCUCCACUCAACCCCUACAAGACCCUCCCCGAUGAUCUCGGCCUCCCGUGACCCCUACAAGACCCUCCCCGAUGACCUCGGCCUGCCCGUGACCCAGACGUCCAGGGAGUGAGGGCACUUCUAGGCCCGCUGCUGUACUCUAUAUGGUCAACCACAAAUGCCUGGCCUCUGUCUGCUAUUGGGACUAUUUACAGCCACUUAAGAUUUUUCGAGGCCAAGAUGUGACAAACAUUCAUAAUGAAGAUGCAGAUAUAUAUACACACACACACACACACACACUUAUGCUUUUCUAGUGAACUGAUAUGUAAUAAUUUAUAUAUUAGAAAAUGACCCUUAUUGAUUUGAAUGUAAUAUGUUGACACAUUAUGUUGACAAAGAAAUUAUAUGUAUAUCUAUAAUAUAUAUAUAUUUAAAUGAAUACUGUAAUGUGUGUUUUGAUCAUGUAAGGGCACCUGUAUAGGACUGUGGACCCCAGCAAUGUCUUCAUUGAGCUUCAAAAGGCUAGACACUAUAAUUGAAGAAUUAAAGAAAACAGUUUCAGACUUGUUAGGUGUCCUACAUAUUUAUUGUUUGUUUUGUAGAAAGGCAACAGAGUUUGUGUAUCGCAUAACCCAACAUUGGAUUCAUAACAUGAUUUCUUGUAAAUGUAGUCGUUCUUCUGGCCAGCAAGUUCCAUUUAUGCACGGUGUUAAAAUCCAUUUGGGUAAUAAACGAUAAUUAUUUUGGUUA